AAUGCAAGGAAGUCUUGCAGUCAUUACACUCCCAUAGAGUUUCCAUUUAAAGACUUUGGUUCACUUAUUAAAGUCUUUUUUUUCCACCAUAGGCUCUAUCACUAGGGUGCAAAUAGAACUGCAGAGCUGCAGCUGAGGGGGACUGGUAGCCCUGAAUAAUUUCCUUUUGUUUGAAGGUAUAAACUUCUCUGCUGCAAAGGCUUUCUCUUGGAUUAUCAGGGCACAAGUGAAGGUCAGUGUUCUUUAACUCUCUCUUCCCAGGUCUUUGAUCCAGUGCCAUUUCCCCACUCGUUGGUUUUUCUCUUUUUCAACUCCGCCACUCUUGACUUUGAGGUUUUUGUAGGAUUAAGUAUUAAGCCCUACGACACCCUCUUCAAGCAUUUUUUUCCCUAGGAAUAUACUCAAGCCAAAACUUUAACCAAAAUAACCUCCCUGCAUGAUGCAGUGAAGGAGAGAAGAGGGCCGGAGAGAAAGGGAUAGAGGGGAUUGAAGGGCAGAUGGCCUCGCUGCUCGAAAACACCAAACAGUCAGAUGAAUAAAACAUUUGAAUAGAGAGGGAGUCGUGACAUCUGGCUGAGGAGUGAGUUAGACACUCUCCUCAUUCCCUCUCUCUUUCUUUUUCCCCAUUCUCUCCAUUCUUUCAUUCACUGGCAUCCCUGUCCUCGUCAUCCCCCCUCCUUCUACCCAUCUUUCACUUUCUCUUGUCUCUUUUCCCCUGUGGACUCAGGAGUUCAGGUGGUUACUCAAACAGACAGAAACAAGCCUGUGCCUCCGCUUGUUUCUCAGCUUUGUCUUACCGCUGCAAGCCCCCGUACUGCACCCUCUCCCUCUAUCCUCUUCCUCCUCCCCGGCGAGGUGUGUGAUGGUGUGUCCCCUCCUCUGUGUCCUGGAGACAUGCCUGUGCAGGAGAUGGCGGUGAGUCCUGUCAAGUCCCUGUACUGGGAGCAGUUCCCCCCCAUGUCACAGCGCCGCGUCUACUGCACCCCCGUCUACCACGAAGGCCUGCUCUACGUGCUGGGGGGCUGCAGUGAGACGGGCAUGCCCCUGGACAGCGUUGAGGUCCUGGAUGUAGAGAGCCAGACAUGGACUCAGCUCCCGCCGCUGCCCACUGCGCGGGCCGGGGCCUCGGCUGUAGCGCUGGGGGGCCAGGUCAUGGUGCUCGGGGGCAUGAACCAGCAGCAGACCCCGCUGUCCUCCGUGGAGAUGUACCACCCAGAUGAGGGCAAAUGGGAGAUGAGGGCGAGCCUGGGUCAGCCAUCCAUGGGAGUCACCACUGUGGAGAAAGAUGGAAAGGUGUAUGCGUUGGGAGGUAUGGGAGCAGACACAACACCACAGGCAUUGGUGAGGGUUUAUGAGGCAGAGAAGGACCAAUGGCAGCCGAUGACCUCCAUGCCCACGCCGCGGUACGGAGCCACGCCCUUCGUAAGAGGAAACAAAAUCUACAUGAUGGGUGGUCGUCAGGGAAAGAUGCCAGUGACGGCGCUGGAGGCUUUUGACCUGGAGAUGAAGAGCUGGACACGUUACCCCUGCAUCCCGAGCCGGAGGGCCUUUUCCUGCUGUGCCACAAAUGAUCGGAGCCUCUUCAGCCUGGGGGGCCUCCAGCAACCGGGGCCGCAUAACUUCUACUCCAGACCUCACUUUGUCAGUACCAUGGAGGAAUAUGAUCUGGAUCAAGGUAUCUGGAUCAAACCCAGCCGAACAUCCAGGAUGAGGGAGAAGAGGGCAGACUUUGUGGCAGGAUGCCUGGGAGGAAGGGUAAUCGCGGCUGGUGGUCUAGGUAAUGAGCCGUCGCCACUGGGCACGGUGGAGAGCUACAACCCAGUAAAGCGGCGCUGGGAGUAUGUGGCACCCAUGCCAACCGCACGCUGCUCCUCUGCCCUACUGCAGAUGACCAGCAUGCUCUUUGUCAUCGGUGGAGUUGCCCAGGGACCCAGUGAUGCUGUGGAAGCCCUCUGCUUACCGGAAACAGUCUGACACAUGCACACAUGCAAAGACGUAUGAAGGAGUGCAAACCGGCAUUGAUAAUUAUUCAUGUAUGUGCAAAAACACAUGAAUUGGAUCCACAGAUCACAUUUAGAUACUUUUCUACCUUUAUGUUCAAAUGAUGGAUUCCUCUUGUGAUGGAUGAAGGAAACUGUUUUUGACAUUCAACAAGCAUUUUUAACUGCAGAGACAGUUUGUGACAGAGCUGGAUGAAUACAAGAUGAAGGGUGUUCAAGCCGCCUGCUGUGACUGGCAAGGACAGAAAACUGAUAGCUUUUCUACGCUGGGCAAAUCAGAGGAAGGAGAAAAUGAGCAAAAAACAGACACACACACAUAGUGUCUGAAGAAACAACACGCCUUUGAACUGUUGAGCAUUUUUCAGAAUAAAAGCAGGGUACUUUUCUGGAUAUUAAAGGAAGAUAGGGCCAUAUCUGUAUCUUUUCUUUGCGGCAGCGUCGCUCUCCUCUGCUGCUGCUGCGACAGCGAGCUCGGACACUUUUCUAUGACUUAAGAAACAACAGAUGAGUUUUAGACAGUGACGUUCUGGGAAUGUGAAUGUCUGUUGUGGUUGUUCUCUUUUUGUUGCAGUGUUUGUUGUUUAUGUGUGAGAGUUAGCACUGCUAGCAAGCGCUACCACAGUGUCAACAGCAGUGGCCCUUAACAUGCGUUCACACCGCAAGCAACCCAAGAAACUGCAAAUCAGAGGCCGAUCCUUUUUCUGCAACCAGUGACGUGCUGGCUGACGGCGACCACAGUCAUUGUGUUUCCUUUAUGUGUUGUGGCAGAAAAGCUGACUGUGGUCUAAGUUGUCAGCACCUCGCUUUGCUACAUAUUUAUCCACCUCUGCUACAUUAGCAUCACCGUAAUCAAUCCCAAUCAAUCACCAAGGCUCAAACUGUCCCUCAUACUGUAGCACAAGGAUGUAGUUGCUCGUGGAGUGAAUGCAGGGUUGCUCAUACCUGCUGCACUGAAGCAUCCCAACAGAUAAAUAAUAAUCUCAACGUCAGCCUCCUUACAUAUUAUAUGCCCCUGGAGUUUUAUGAUGGAUACUCAUACUUUGUAUUCUUUACCUCAAGUUGAUAUCGGUCAGAUGGUGGAUAAAACAGGAAGAGAAUCUUGUGGUGAUGAUACCUGGGCAACAUUUUGAGGCAAUUUUGUUACUCUAGAUUUGUCCAACCCAAGUGUAGUAGGCUAUCAUGAGCAUAGUUUUGCAUAACCAAUCCUGAUCAUCUUUUGAGUAUAAAAAAGUCCAUACCUAUAGGCUUAAAAAGGACUGAAAGGUUUGUAGCUUGUUCAGGAAGGGAGCCGAGGUUAAGCAAAUCAUAUAAAAAUACCCAUAUAAAGUUCUGAAGUCAUGCAGCAUAUUCCACUUCGUUACUAUUGGUCUGUAUGUUCAGUAUGUCACUUUGUCAGUGAAUUGCUAAAUAUGCUAGCUUUUGUGCAGCUUCGAAGUGAAAGCAUAGCACAGAAGCUAUCAGUUUUGGGCAAGCUAGUUGAAAAAUGUAGUCAAUUAGAUUACAUAUUACUCAUUAUAUUACUUCAUCAUCAAGAGUAAUUAGAUCCUUUACCUCACUCAGCCCAGCUCCAUCAAAGGUGCUUUUAAAUAACUCCAACGUUUCCACACCCACACGUCACAUCAUCUGUAUGCAAUGUGUAGAAAUAGAAAACAAGAUAUUGUGGUUUAUCAAGGAUUUUUUUUCACUGAUCACCAACAGCUAGCUUAACCUCGCAGAGUGAGGGGUUGCAUGGUGAAGCUGCCUUCCAACAAUGAACAAAACCCAGGUGACUCCUGGAUGUGGGCUCACCUGUGGCUAACAUUAGCUAGCUAGCAAAGAAUUCACAUCAUGUAAGUAAAACAAAUUUGGAGUUACCGAGAAACGCAUCUCGUCUCGUCUGUUGGUAGGAGCUAGCCGAAAUCCAACAGGGGUGCCAUGCCAUUUUUCUGACAGCUCAUAACUCCAAAGCCCCAGUAGUCUGACAAAUGUCCCAUUGGACUGAAAGGACCUCUGUCCGACAGCCUGGUAUUCUGAAAACAAACACUCAUCACUCAGAUGGCCCAUUGCUCUGAAAAUAGGCUACACAUGCUCUAAAACAGAAGAACAUGGCUAAUUAUAAUGCAGAAUGGCGCCAUUGGACCUUUUAACUAUGGCGAAGGCAUGUCACACCUUACUCUGCCCCUGAAUGGCUUACCAUGGUAUUCUUACCAUAACCAAUCUCAGUCCUCAUGCCUUACCCAACCAACUAAGGUUAUGAGUGAAAGCCUAUCAGAGGCAGAGUAGGGCAGGAGAAGUCUUUACUAUACUAGAAAGGUUAGUGCAUAAUGAUUAGCCGUGUGCUUUGGAGAAACAGCCCUAUAGUUUUAUAGUUUGUGGGAUAUGCUGUCGGACAAAUAGGCUUUGGGUCCAAUGGGGCCACGUUAAUAUGUGAAAUGAUGUCAACUCUCCAUCAAACUCCUGGUAAAUCAGCCAACAAAGUAUAGUUUGGACAAGUAAAUUGUCAUUGCUAUCUUUCUAAUUGUUACUGAAAAAGUAACACAUUACUGUAAUGCAUUACUAAGUAACUGCUGCCCAAAACUGUUAGCCAUGUUGCAUAAAAACUGUGUGCAACAUACUGUAUGUACAGAUUGAUAUCAAAGAAUUAUGCUAGGAGUGCUUUGAGCAGUUUCUAUGGAUGUGUUGGCAUGACUCAUGGAAUCACUCAUAACUUAGAUGAAUCCAAGUCGACAGCAGCUGCUACAAACUUUCUCAGAGCCACCUUUUAGUCAUAGGGUGGGUGAGCAACUGAAUCUCAAAAGACAGCUGGAGAUUUUGUUUGUUUGGGUUGAAAUGAGACUUUGUGUACCAGAGUUGGGGAUGAAAGAUGAUGGGGGGAGCUGCAGUGCAGAAUGUUUUGCGACAGAUCCAGUGACUUGUGGACAGCGGACGAGGUCGGGCUGGAGACAAAGGAAUUACCCAGUGCAGUGUUCUGCUGUGUGGCAAGCAGCCUCUGUUGGUCUUUCUUAUCCUGCCAUACUGAUAGCAUUUGCCCUAUUCCUCCUCCUCGCUGCCUGGAGUAUACAGGCAGUGAUAUUUGCCAUGAUGACAUUUCAAAUGUUUUUUGCCAAAGUUUAUUUGAUGACUAGAUGAUUAAAGGUAGUGCGCUAAACAAAAGAGAAAUGAGCCUGAGAUUGGAAAUGGGAAAUGAAAUCCAGAUUGAAUCAACAGAUAUGAUGGCUAAUUCAAAGAUGAUGGUUUGUUUCAGCACUCUAACACACGUAAGAAGUUGAGAUACAGGCCUGCAGCCUUAUUGCAUCAUUUAGAGACGACAUUUAUCUGGUACAUCCAAACUAUUUUGAAUUACCUAGUAAAUAUUGCAGGUGCAUGAGAAACAGAAUGAGCCAUUUUGUCUCCCAGUACAUGAAACUAUUUGAAAAAGUGUAUAUGCUUUUAUACAUGUAGAGAGAAAACGACUGUAGAUAAAUUAGAGACUCAAAUAAAAACCAUACAGGAAGAGGCAGCUAGCUCUGACCCUCAAUAUAAGCAGUGUUUCUGAUCCACACAAACACACACACACACACACACCCACACACGUCUUGCCCCACUUCAUAUACGUUUCUGGUCGGCACCCUGGCACAUCUUGUUAACAGAGUCAGACAUCUAUUGCUGUGCAAGAGCACUGAAGCUGCUGGAGCUCAGAUGAGAUGCCAGUUGACAGUUGGUUAUUUCUGGUGCUGCAUUGUGUGCAUCUAAUUGAGUGUGUUAGGUAUAAGCCACUCACAUAUGUAUGCGUGAGCACACACAAACACACACUCCAGCUUGUAGGCAGAGCCGAGCACAGACCUUCAAGAGUGCAGGAAUGCAGUCAGUCAGUGACGACUUGUAGGCGAUCUGUUUUAAUGUUUAGCAAUUUUAACUUCCACAAAUCUCAGAUAAAGGACCAAUGAGUCACACAGACAAGCCCCUGCACUCUCGCUGCUACUGGGGGAUGGAGAUGGAGGGUGGCAGGUUAACAAGGGGCGUGCAAUUUGGUCAUUUUGUUAACAUCCUUCCUAAAAUAGCCUGUGGCUCCCACAGUUUUAUCUGGCUACAAUUACAAACGCUUGGAGAGAACACAAAGAUCAUUUUGUCUGUAAACAGCUCCUCUGGUUGGGGACUGUGGCCCUCCACUCCAUCCAACACUGAUGAGCCUACUUGAAUCAACUGCAGUUUGUGAGAGUGUGAGUGAGAGAGUUAAAUCACAUGUCUAUUUUUUGCCAUGGAUAUAUCGCGAAAAGUGGAUGAGGUUUGGCAAAAUGGCUGAUUUAGCAUUUGCGUGUGACUUGCUCAUGCAGCACAAACACCAAAAAGUUAUUACAGAACAAGUAUGUGCUGUCUGUGGUAUUUGACAGAUGCUUUUUUUAAUGGGGCCACAGGGGAUUUUUUUGUUUUGUUUUGUUUUUUCAGCCAACAGGGAGAAUUGGCAACAAGUCAAAUAUUGCCACACUUGAUCUUAAAGGUAAAGUGUGUAGGAUUUAGGGGGAUAUUUUGUCAGAAAUGGAAUGUUAAUAAGUACUUUUUUCUUUAUGAGCACCUAAAAUUAAGAAUCAUGUUUUCAUUAUCUUAGAAUAAGCUGUGGAUCCUUGUCAAAGGGAAGUCAACAUGAUCACCACCAUGUUUCUACAGUAGCUCAGAACAGACAAACCAAACACUGGUUCCAUGAGUUGAAAAGAUGCUGUUUUGUGAGUGUUUUUACCGAUUGAAAUCAUCGUAAAUGAAGAGACCUCUGCGGAUAAUUCAUUUCCCAGUGAAAAUCUCCUAGACAUCUGGAUCUUAGGUUAUCAGAGAAAAAAAUUGAUCACAUAUUAGCAUGUGCUGGGCAAACCGCCUGUCUCAGACAUACCAAACAGCACAAGAAAAGAAAAGCACUGAUUUGCAUGUGAAACUUCUUUAUUUAAUGUUUUUAUGAGUUUAAAUCACACUGUCCAUAUGUUUCGGAGAGGAAGAGACCUCUGUAGAUAAGAUAAGAACAUUAAAAGAAUUCUAGCCAGGAGAAGUUUCAGCUAGAUGGUUGCUAAAUCCCCCCAAAUCCCCUUAAAUCUUACACACUGGACCUUUAAAGCGGCAUUAGCAGAUUUUUUAUGGCCACUUGGGGGCAGCAGAGCAAGCUGUAAACAUAAUAUCAACAUAUCACCAUAAGUUGGUAUGAGAGUUGAUGAUGAACUGUUGCUUACACAUUUAGCACUCCAGGAGCAACUUCCUGAGGAAUUAAUAUAUACUUGCUUUAACCUCUUUGGUCUCCACCAGCUUCUGAGGAAAUGCUCCACUGUGUUCAUCAGCUAAAUUUCUGUCUUUUCUCGGAAACAAGGCUGAUGAAAGCUAGGAGACAGAACUGAAAUAGUAAACUUUUGGCCUGUAAAAUCAAAACUAAGAGCUGAAAGAUGCAAAAAUGCUUUGGGCUGAGGACAACUACAGGGUCAGGUGAAAAACCAUCCCACAUAUUAUUAUUUUAUAUGUGCAGCUGUGCUUCUACGUCUACAUUCAUGGUUACACUGUACGCGCACUUGUGCGAUUGUGAUGGCGUGUGGGCACGUGUGAGCAUGAUUGUUAUUAUGCUUGUGUGUGUGUGUGUGUGUGUGUGUGUGUGCAAAUUCUUGACACCAAGCCAUGCUCACCAUCUAUUAUUAUAUGAGUUGUCUGGAGGAUGUACAAUGUCUCCUUUGCAGUCUUUCAGUUUCACCCGCUCUGCGAUACAGUUUACAUGGCACACUGCAGUCCCCAGGGAAUUCUGGGACCUUGCCAGAGCUAGUUCUCUCUUUUUGUUGUCUGGUUUGGUUGUUUUUUUUUAAAUUUAUCUCUUUCACUCUCUCUCUCUCUCUCUCUCUGACCCUGUCAGUGUCAGAUUGUUUUUAGGAGAAGAUGCCUCAUAAAUCUCAAAUUUGUCUUUCAAUAGAAAAGAUGCCUCAUGAAUCUGUUUUUCUGGCUCCUGAUGUGACGUACGUGUCAGGCUGUUUACUCAUUGGAGUGAAAUCCCUCUGCUGCCUCUGACAGCAGGGGUUGGGAGACACAGAACAAAAGAGCAGGAUGCUUCAGUACAGGUAGCAGCUAAUUACAGGCUGUACUUUUUUAGCAGGCCAUGAGCGGAUGAUGCACAAGCAUAUGUAAAUGUGUAUGUAAAUGUGUUCUUGCAGGACGAGUUGAAAGCCAAAAUGUAUUGUGGACCUGCUUUCCAUGACAAGAGCAUUAAUAUGGUUUUAAUUAGCAUGAGUUUCUAGGUGACAUUUUUCAAACCGAGUCUGAGAAAUCUGCACAACCUGAGGCACAGGGCAAUUUUACAAGCAAUAAGUGCCCUAAAAUUACUACACAGGUUUUAAAUACCCUAAAGUACAGAGCAAUGUUGACUGGCAACAAAUACGCGAAUAGGUACAACACUCAUUUUCAAGCACGUUUUUAUUAUCCGGAGUAAACAGACAUGACUUGCAUUGCCUCAGAAAGUUGCCUUGUGUAUCAUUACCUCUCAAACAUUUGUAGAUACAGUACGUACCCUCUUGUCCAAGAUACAUUCAGGGCCCUGUUUUAGUGUAGGCACAAUGUGCAUGGCACACUCUGUGCCUUAAUUCACAAAAAUAAGGCCCACAGACUCAGGUUCUGACAAAACAGCGGGGGUGCAUUCAGCAGAGUGCAAAGACGUGGGUGGACGAUGCUGAAUUUACACUGUUUUCAGUUUUAUGAAUUCAAUGCUGAAGUGUAUCUUGUGUUUGAUAAUGAAAAGCCUCCCCAGUUUUCUUGUCUUUUCUUUCUUUCUUUUUUUUUUUGUGCGGGCAAACUUGAACACACUUUCCUGGUGCAACAGGAAACAGUGUCAACACCCGCAGGUAGCAUAAAUGUGUUACUCUUACAUUAGUAUACACAUGUGUUCUUGUUUUUGUUUCCUAUUCGGGCCUGUAGUUGAAAAAAAAAAAAAAAAUCAAACAUCCCCUUGAUUAUUACUGAUUGGGUAACCAGGAUUAGAUAUAAUUGUUUUUUUCUGUCAAUUGUUUAUGUUUGUUCAUUGUUUUGCCCUUCACUUGUUUGUGUUGUGGAGGUUGUGAGGUGACAGAUGUGUCGUGGUGUUGUCCAGAUCUGAGCUGGGUUCCCCAAAGUGUUUGUCACUAGUUAUGUGUUCUUGCAAAGCUUUGCUUGGGUGGAUGUUGCAGCAAAUAUUUUUUUAGUAGAGGUUUAUACAGAAGUCUGUUUAUUUUGGUCAGACAGGAAGCAUAGGAACACAGUUUGUAUAAUUCUGGGAAUGAGGAUAUGUAAUAUCACUAUCUAAUAUAUGGUUUUCAAGUAGAAAGGUCUAGAAAAGGUUAUAUUUAGUGAGAAUAGAGGAAGGACAGAGAUAUAUUUGAAGCAAACAAGCUGACACACUUUAUUUUUUUCCAUUGAGUGAUUUAAAAGCUUGAAGGUUUUCAGACCUAAAUGGUCGAAAAAACAUGAAUUUCAACACAGAAUAUUUUUCAUUCUGUGAUUGAGCUAAAUGCUUCAGAUAAUUAAUAUUUUAAACCCCCCGCAGCUUGAGAACCACCGGCCUUCAAAGCUGUCUGUCGUUUUGACUGACGAGUGUCAGAGUGAAACUAGUUUGUGCAGACAUUUUGGGAAACACAAACCCAGAAAUCCCUCCCCCUGUUCUAAUCUCUCUUGCUGUACUGUGCUGUUUCCCUACAGUGAUUGACAUGGUAGAAACCUGGUAAACUGCUUUGUGGUCUCAGUGGAUCAGUAUUGCCAUGUGCUCUGUGUGUGCAAAUGUGAUUUGGGAGGUUUACUGAACUUAAUGGAAUGUGCUGAAGGUGAUAAGGAAGACAGAGAAGGAAACAUAAGGAACGGUGGACUCGACUCCACUCAGAUGGCGUGUGCGGGGAGGUGUAAGGCAGUGUGUGUGAAACACUGCAAAGUUAAAUAUAUCCUUAUUUAUGUUAUAAUUAUAUGCUUUUGUAUUUUUAUCCCUGUGUAAACAUUUGGUUGUAGAAACAUGCAUAGCCCCUUUUAGUCAGACAGACUCACCCACACACACAUGGUAACUGCUGCCACUUCAAACUAUGCACUUACAGUGAAUCGAGCCCAUACAGCACUGACUUGACAUGUGACACCAACAACGGUUAGACUCAGUUACAGUAUGACUCCUGUACUGAGACCACAUACAGUAUAUUCAACGACAUAGCAUAAGUAUAAAUAACAGAAACAAAUAAAAACAACACAUACUUACAAUUUUAUACAAUAUGUUCUGUAUCGCAGUUAGGUCAUGUUCACUGAGACAAAUAAAAUUCUGUUUCAGUUGUUUUACAGCAAUUUUGGUAGAACACAAAGUUUACACAUGACGAUAAGUUUACUUCUCAUGAGGUGUACAACAGCUAUAUAACGUCCUCUGUGGCUUAGGAUGGUGCUUUCUACAGUCUGAGAAAACAACCUUGUUUAUAUCAUUAGAGUUAUUUUGGCUUGGGGUUGAGAAAUAACAUUUUUAUUAUAAAGCAUGUGUUACAAACUGAGGGCAUGGAAAUUAAAAGAUGUGAGGCUUUGGGGGGGGGACUGAGAGACAUUAUUAAAGUCCCCAUGAAACACUUAGCUGCGUAUUACCUGUUGAAAUAGAAUAGUCAAGUGAUGUACAGUAACAAGAGGGAUCAAAUCCUUGGCACUCGAUUGGACCGCUAAAAAUGGGCAGUAGACCAUUGGCUCCAUGCAAACCUCCCUCACCGUUAGAUCAGGACAACACAUUCUUUAUUUGUUAUGGACUUUCCACAGUCUCUUUCAAAAUAAACGUACUACAUCGGUACAGCACUGCAAAUUGACAUGUUUUUUUUAGGAAGUGAAUACUGGCUUCCCGGGUGGAAGUUGGUGGUUGUUGGACCCAUCCACCCAAUAGUAUCUACUCGGACUUGAGCCGCCUCAACUUUUGUUGCCCCCCUGACACCGCCGGGUGCCAUUAAACAAUAUGGCGACCAGCUGCGUAUCAUGCUAACAUAAAAGAAUGGCUUUUUUCAUUGGUGUUUGACGCCGGAAGUCACUGACCAAGUGCCAGAUUUCGACGACUUCAGUUGAUUAGGAGGAGGGGGAGGGAAAAAUGAAUGAAUUAGACCACAGUCACAUUAUUUUGAAAAUGAAAAAGGUCUUGCCCACUGAUGUCCAUACACACAUCUCUUGACCUACAAAUGGUAAAGUGUUGGUUUUAUAUGACCGGUGAGGCUAGCUAGCUGCCGAAAGUCUCAUUUGACUGGAUAAACUUUUGUAAAUGUCUCUGGGUGAAGGAUGAGUCAUCAGACAUUUGAACUGUUACAGAAAGAGAAAAGACAUGGAAUUUGAUGUACAAAUACUCUGAUACUAUUUAUUUUAUUUUUUUAACAUAUAUCUCACAUAUAACAGGAGAUAAAUUCAUUCAGUUCAUUCAUGGGGACUUUAAGUUGCAUUCUGGGAAUUGUAGGAUCCAGCAUAGAUCGUGCUAGUACGAGGUACUUGUUCUGCGCCACAGAUGUACAAAGUUAUUAGAACGCAAUGUAUGCCACUGGAUAAUCCCUGUAAGAGAGAGCAAGAUUAGGCUGCUGCUUGUUAACAGGAGGACGAGUGUUUUCUUUUCAAUCACACACAAAGAAAGUGAAACAAGAGGGGAUAUGCCAGAAUUACUUUUGUUAUUAUAAUCCUCAUUAUACUAACAAUAGUAAUCUUAAUAGUAUUUGUUGUGGCUGUUGUUGUAAUUGAUCAAUGUGACACUGCAGUGGGUUCUCAAACUGUUGGUUGAGAUGAGACCUGCAAAAGAGAACAAGAAGUGUAUCAUGAUGUGCUAAAAUGUCCAGAGCAAGGCAAGACUGAAGUAGUUCAUGGAUAUGUUUGGAUGAUGUAAUGUACACAUGGAAAGGCUGCCUCCUCUCACCAAAGCCUGCCAGUCACACCAACAAUACAAUCAGUGGGUUUUCAAAAUGAUAAGGGUUAAUGCUGGGUUAAAGUUUCAUUAAGAGUGGUAUAUGAUGAUGAUGAUUAUGUUGUAUGAUAGACUUUUGUAGACCUAGGCUGUGAUGACAACUGAUUAUCAAUUAUAACCAAGCUCCCUCAUCUUUACAGCCUUACUAGAAUUAACCAGAAAAGACAAAGUCAGACAAUUGCAGACCUCUGGAUCUCCUCUGGAUAGUGACUUGUGACAAUUGAUUAGUUUGCUGUUGUACUCACCGAUCUAAACAUCAUUCUGUAAGUCUUGUACACCACAAAGUCCUCGGCAACCUACUGUAGGUUCAAUUUCUGUGCUUAUUCAUUCUCAAUGCAUAAUAUUGUCCAGUCAAACUUGUUGUCAAACAUCUCAAGCUGAAUUAUGACUGUAACAGAGAUUGUCAAAAACAGCAAAAAGCUUGUGCUUUCCUCACUGAAGGUACUUACUGAAGUUUGGAAGUAAAUGCAGAAGUCACUGCUGGAGGAUCCAACAUCAGCAUUUUGCCAGACCCAGCACGCACCUAUUGGCCACGCAACAUGUGGGAGCUGUUGAUUUUGGUCACAAUGCUAGACAGGUGAUUUAUUAUAUCAGUGAUUAAUUAAGGUAGGAUAGAUGAAGCCAUUUUUUUUACCUAUGCUGAGUAAAAAUACAGCUAACCUUAACUAUAAUCCAUAAUGACUUGAUCCUUAACAGAGCAGUGUGUAGGAUCUAGGGGGAUCUAUUGGCAGAAAUUAAUUACAGUAUUUAUAAUUAUGUUAUUUGUGUAUAAAUUCCUGAAACUAAGAAUCCUUAUGUUUUCCUAAGCUUAGAAUGAGCCCACCUACAUAGGCAGCGGGUCCUCUUCCUUGGAGCCCGCCAUGUUGCACCACAAUGUUUCUACAGUAGCCCACAAUGGACAAACCAGACACUGGCUCUAGAGAGGGCCUUCAGAGUUUAGACGUUACCUGAAGGCCAACAUAGGCUCUGUCAGCAUAUCCUAAUACAACAGUUUGUAUGCUAUCUAACAAAACAGCACCUCAUGAAUGACGUUGUCACGUUAUGUACCUAAAGUAAAGUUACGUGUUUAACAUAAAGUUGUAUAGAUAUGGUUAAGGAGGAGAACAUGGUGAUAAUGUACCUGAAAAUAAAUCAAAGUGUACUUGGUUUCACACCGUCCCGAACACCAAUAUCUCGGCAUCCCUACGUGAACUUUAGCUCAACUCUUUUACUCCUAUCAUUGCAUUGGUCAUGUGAUCGUGGCCUUCCCAACUAUUAGGGUUACACAUGCAUUACCAGCCCCUUCUCAGCAUCCCAACUAAUCAAAUACUGUCGCUUUGUCAGUGGACAUUGGCAUAAGAAGACCUCAACAUCAGACAUAAGCGCACAGAGGCACCCUUUGUGGCAGUAUAAUACACACCAGGCAGCGGCUGUUUCUGACGUAGCAGGCAACAACCAUAGUACAAAGAUCGAGAAAGGUCACAAGGGGCAGAUUUUAGUGGAAAUGGGUGAGUCAAACAAACCCUGGACUUUCAACCCAGAGCCUGCCAUUUAUUUCCAAUGUGAAUACAAAAGUCAGUCAAGUUAUUUUAAUAUCACAUAGUGUGCCAAUAUAUGUUGUAUGCUGUGACACAGGACUUUACAUUACGUUAGCAACAACUGCAGGCCUAUGUACUUUAAGUGAAACCAUGUUUUUCCAAACCUAACCAUUUGCUUUUGUUGCCUAAAUUUGAGGAAAUAAACCUAAAAAUUAAGUGUUUUACCUCUAUUGUAAAUAUAUUUUGAAAAAGACAGCAUGCAUGUAACAAGCAGAAACUGAAAGUGUGCUUUGAAAAGACACAAUGCAAGUGACUAGCAUAAAUUGCUUGCUGGUUCCUGGUUCUCUGCACGCUACACCCUUGCAAAGGGAGGGGUGAAUGGAGGGUUAUUCAGUUGGUUGCGAUCUGCAACCUCACUACUAGAAAUCAAUAAAUGCUACACACUGCUCCUUUAAUGUUAUCGCAUCGUUGUGCAUUUUCUGUAAUGGUCACUAACUGCUGGGCCUGGCUCAGGUGCGACCGCAUCCCUGCCUCCCCCGACACUCAGGCAGUCAACAUUUCCAUUUAGAACAUGUUUUAUUUUUUGUUUUUCAUUUUCAAAGCAUUAGCUGAGGGCAGAGUGUCACCUCUCAGUUGAUGGAGCUCACCUGCAGCUGCAGCCACACCAGCAGCUUCUUCUCUUCUGAAGCUGCUGUUUUGGCUCAUUUCUCCUGCUCCAUUCUCACACGGUUUAUCAGGACUUUUUAAUGUAACUUUUGUUCUUACACUGGAACAGAUAUAACUUUGAAUUUAGCAAAGUGCAAGACUUGGCUUAAAAAUAACUUAAAAAGUUAAAGUACUAGUAGAUUGAAAGGCUUUUUGAAAUAAUCAGAAAAGUACAAAUCAACUUUGUUACAGUUAUGAGAAUAGAUGUAGUUUGUUGCUUUGAAGGAAAAAGAGCCCUAAAGCAUUUAUUGAGAUUACAUGCUUACAUCAGAUCACUUAAGUUAGCAUUUAUGUAAUAUUUUGAAAUCUUGAUUUGGCCGGGGGUCAGUCAGUGAUGAUAUGUUGUGCAUUUAGCUGUAGCCAGUGUCAACGUGGCUGGCAGGCUUUGGUUUCCAGACCGAGUCGUGGCUGUGACUCCAGUGCAGUAGU